AUGCGUAUAAUUUUCACUGCUAAGCAGCAGAUGAAGCUUAUGAAGCAGAAUCUGGACUAAGAAGAAGAAGAGUAGGGAAAAGAAUACAGAGAUAUGCUAUUGAAACUGUAUAAUACUUAGCCAUUCAGCCAAAGUGAAUUUUUGCAAUAGCUAGAGAACAUCAGCGACAUCAACAUUUGGAAGACCACUAGGAUCAACUUCUUACAAUGGGUUGACAUCUUUAAUAUUCUAGAUGAUCUUCUUUAGAUUUUAUAUAAUGGGUAAGAGAAAUUGUUGGUUAAUCUUUAAAGUGAUAUGAAAGACCAAUAGAAUAAAUCUAUGAUUCUGAUAAUACUGCGAUUUCUGAAGAAAAUACUUCAGUAUGCAACAAAUGUGCAGUACUUUAGCUCCACAGAUAUUCUGAUACUAAUAUUCAGCUAAUACAUCAAAGAUAUCUAAGUCAUAGAUGAAGUCAUCGGCGUCUUUAUCACAUUGAGCUCUAAAAAGGGCGACAAGAAGUCAAACCCAUAAGCUAUUAAUUACUCAGAGGGACUUGAUAAAUUUGACUCUUAAAUCUCUAGAAUUUAUGAGAGAAGUAUACUAGGUUUAAUCGGUAGCUUUGAGUACGUUGCAGACCUAUUGCUUAAUCAAAACUUUGAGAAGAACCCCUAAUCUACCUUGGAGCAGAUUGCAGGAAGAGUCAAGUCUUAACUUGACUCUUAUGAGAAAUCAGUAUUUGAACUCCAGAAUAUAAUCAAAGAUCAGAAAUCUCUAGAAGAUACUUUUAUCAUCAUUCUGAAAGCUAUCAAUCUAUAUAUUAAUGUUGGAGAUGUUACAACUAAAGAUAAGAGAACUCUCUAAAGCAAACUUGAAAGCCUUCUACCCCCAAAACUAGUAGUAGAUAAAUUCAUAAAGAUCUUGAAGUUCCCACAUGUCUCCAAGAAAGUGCAUUCACAUGUCGUCAACAUAUUCUUCUUGGUCAUUAUUCUUGACUUGAACUCACUGUUCAACUAUGAUGAACCAACAGAUAAUCAAUACUACCAGGAGGCAUGCAAUCAUCAUGAAUACUAUAUCAGCACUUUACAAAGCUUGGCAUGCUAUCAUUCUUAUUUCAAAUUGCUUGAGAUCGAGCAGUCUUAGAUGAUAGACAAUGCCCACUUAACUAAGUAAAUAAGCCAAAUGAAGCUAUUGGUCGGGGAUGAUUAUUUAAACAUGGAUUAAUAAUCUUUGAAUAGCAUUUUCACAGAAACAAUCAAGAGCCAGAGAUUCAUGAGUAACUUGAUCAAUCUCCUUCUGAACUUAAUGAACAUUAAAAACAGGCCACUCUAAAAUCAACUUUACCCUUAAUUCCUGAAGCCAUUGCUAGCUAUAGUUGCUCUGGAGCCUGUUGGGAAUUUGUAUCCCAUCAACAUCAAUUGCCAAUUAAAAGCAGCAAAAUUGCUGAAAGAAGUAGUAAAGCAAAGUACAAUCGAAGAUCCUGGUGCUGUGGAAUGGGUAAUAUUUAGGCUAAAAUUUGAAAUCAAUGUUCUCAAAGAUAUCACUAAGACCUGGGAACUUGCUUAGGAUGAUGAUACAGAUAACAAGAUUCUACUAGCUUACAGAUAAGAUCUGAUCAGAACCUUGUUAAGAUUCCUGUCAUACUCUAUUAUCAGAAAUGACCCAAAUGCAAUAAACUUUAAUCAAAAUUUCAUCGCAAACUCUAGAAAAAUAUUAGAGAGCAACUUGAUACAAGAAGAUAUUGCCAGAGAGAUAUUUGACGUCAACAGAUAAGAAGGCUCAGAUAAUCUUUCAUUUAUCAAUACUGAUCCGAUUCUAUUAUAAUGUCUUUAACUGAUAUCUUACGUAUUCAAUGAUCUGCCACAAAAGAUUCCAAUAUUCGUUGAAAAUGGAUUUUUCUCUCAGAUAUUAGAUUCGCUCAACUCUAGAAUCCCCAUUCAACCAGAUUUGUUUACAAUAUUUAUGAAAUUCAUUCAAACUCUGUGUCUAAAUGAUCAAAGCAUGAAGCUUAUUAUAUCUUCAGGCAUCAUAGGGAAAUUUGUAUAACUUGCUCACAAUAGUCGCUCGUAUAGAUAGCUAGUCAGUCAAACCAAAGCGAUGCAGUUCAAAGAUCUGAUUCAACAGAUAGCUCUUAAUAAUUAGGCUUUAUCUAAUGAGAUUUACACUCAGAUUAUAAGACAGUAUUAGACAGGAAUUGAAAAAGCUUGGGAAGUCACUAAGAACUACAUAGUUAUGGAAGAGAGAGUUAAAAAUGACCUCACUUUGACUGAGGAACACAAGACUCAACUUAGAUUCUAAUAUGAAAGAGAGCAGAUCUCACUUGAGCAAACCUUCGAGUCAAUCACUUACUUGCUUUGGUACUUUGCCAUUGAUGAGUAAAUAUUCAGACAAGGAAAUCUCAUUCAUGAAGCAAUUAGCCAGAAUAAGGAGGAGACUAUCGUUAUCUUCAAAAAAAUACUAUCAACCCCUAUUAUCUCAUCUGGAUGCCCAAACAUGCUUCCCUACUUUAGUGAAAUCAUGCUUUAGAUUCUGCAUGGCUAUGGGCCUGAGGAUAAGACCAAGUUUAUGAUACAAGUUAUGGAGGAUCUAGUGAUUCAAAUUGAAAAUGUCUAUAAAGCAUGCGAGACAAAUAACCUAGACUCUGUUGCAGAUCUUGAAGGGCUAUUGAAAACUCGUCUUGAUAUUAUCCUUGAUGAGAGACUUCAAAGUUAAAGUAAUCAGAAUAUAGAGAUAAAAUAACUGAGUGAUGAUCUGAUAUCAAGACUUUCAGGAGAAGACUAGUGCUCAGUCAUUUUUGCCAAAAUUAGCGUUUAUUGUAGUCUUAUUAGAUAAUGCUAGCAACCUAUCAAAGUUAAGUUGAUAAAGGAUCAUGGAUUGCUUGCUGUACUUUACAAGCUUUUCAAGAUACAAUCCUUAGUCAAUAGAUUCCAUGCUUCUAAGUAUGGAAGAGAUCUACAUAGGCAAGUAGCUAGAUUGAAGGAGUUAACCCCAAAAUAUCAGCACAUCAUUGAUAGCUAUAAUUUUAAAACCUUCUAACCUCUGCCAGAAUGCAAUACUGAGGAAGAGGUCUUCAAGAGCCUCUAUUACAACUAUGAAUACCUUAAGCUUGAUUCAGUGGUUAGCUAAGAAGCAAGAAAGAAUCAAAAGACUAUUAUUGAGCUUCAAUUAGACGAGAACAUCAGCCACACCUCAAAUCUUUGUCAGACUAACAUCAGAAAACUGCUAACAAACGUGAUUAGAAUAAUGAAUAAAAAGAAGAUGCAUUUCACUGAGUAAGUUGAUAUACAGCUACUGGAAUUCAAUAGAGAGAUUGGAAAGUUAAUUGCUGAGCAGUACAAAGACUUUGAAAGAAUCUUGAAACAAAAGGACGACGAGCUUGAAGUCAUGAAGUACUGCUGCCAGUACUCUGCUAUCUUCGGAGUAUUUAACAAAAUCAUAUUCCACAACUCAUCAUUUGGUUCUAUGUUCCUAAGUUUUGUUUACAAUGAUGGAUUAGAGUAGGUGAAGAAUCUCGUAUUGUAUCUUAUUGAUUACUAGUACAAGCUUCACAAACAGCAAAAGCCUUUUAUGCUUAAAUUAUCUAGGAGCAUUCAGUUACUCUGGAGUCACCUAGUAGAUUUUUACAUUUAGCUAAUCGAGGCCAAAUACUUAGAUUGGUAGUUCUCAUAAUACCUGAUAUCUUUCAAGACCAAUCCCUGUGCUCCUAUCAAAUCUGAGGACUCCUAUGCAGAGAACGAACUAGCGGUCGCUAAAAUGCAGAAGUAUUAUAUGAGUCUAUACGGAGAAACUCUGUACUUCCUGUUCUCAGAGUUAAAUGACAAUGAAUAAGUGAAGCACUUGCUAGAUGAUCGAAAGCUGAAUAUUUUUGAGUACUUCGACAUGACAAGCGAGCUAUUCUUUAUCUCCUUUUGCGAGAUCUAUGUCUAUGUCUCUGAGGGACUUACUCAUAUCAAGCUGUUCAACGAUAUUCAGUUAUUCGCUAUCAAAGAUUAGUCAUAACAUAAGUCAGAGUAUAAUAAGAACAAAGAUUAUCUGCUAGAGAUGGGUUACCCAGAGCGAAUGAUUGACUUUGCUUUGGAGUAAGAGCAAAAUGACUUGGAGGCUGCUCUAGAUUUUCUAAAUACAUCAGCCUUUGACAGUGAGUUGCCAGAGGUGAAGCCCAAGAAAGAGGAAAAGAAAGUUGAGUCUGAUGAGCCAGUGCCUGUCUUUGAUGACUAUAUCACCUACAGCUCUUUCACUAAACUAGACCUGCUUGAUUUGAUAAGGAAAUCAAUAGGCAACUACCUGAAAUUCAUUCCUUAAAACUUUGCAAAUAUAAAGAAGCAUGAGGUGAUUGACAAGAUUUACUUCACAGUAGGCAAGGACUUUAAGAAGAAUGAGAUUCAGGCUCUGGUCAAGGAUGUCAAAUAAACAAUUAUAUAGAGUAUCGUUCAUGGUGAAAAAGAGCAAGUAGGAGUCCUAGCAUAUUCAUUAGCUUGCUUAAUGAGCUACAAAAGAGGAGAGCUGCUUGAUCAGUCAGAUCUUUUCACUAAUGGAAUAGAGAGAAUACUAGACCUUUACAGAUAGGCAAUUAAGGACUUAAGAGUAGAAAUCGAUUUCUAAAACGAGAACUUCAAUGCAGCUAAAGUCACUGAUAUCGUCAAACAGCUUGAUUAAUGUCUUUCUCUGUUCUUAUAUAUCUCUGAGGAGGCUAAAAUCACCAGUGACAUUAGUAAACUGCACCAUAUGCUUGGUUAGACUUAGUAAUCAUAGCAAACUCCCACUCUAAUUGAAAUCAAACAGGAGCUGGAAAAACUCACUCUUAAGAAUGAGAAGAAUAUAUUCAAAAACAAUCCACAAAAGACUUCAUAGACCUUUAAAGAUUGCACUAUGUGUACAAUUGAACUCCACAGAUCAAUGCAUAAUAUGAAUCAGAAAGCUGACUCACUUGAGGGCAGUUGCCUACAAAUGCUGAUAAAGAAGUCCUUGGAGAACCUGAAUUUCCUUAUGAACAUUAAAGGCUAUGAAGAGUUUGAUUGCCAAGCCUAUUUCUUAUAGAAUGAGGGACUAAAAGCUUUAUUUGGCAUUAGAUUUGUAUCCAAAGACCAGUUCGAGCAUAGUACACUAUUCAAUGGAGAUCUUAAGAAGUUAAAUGAAAUUCAGGUAUAGUCAAAGAUACUUCUGCAACUACUCUCUCAGAAUGAGCAAUGCUAAGUCAAGGUCUUUGAAAACCUUAUCAAAAGUGUGCUGUUCAUUUAAUUCCAGUAGAAAUUCAAACAGGAAGAAGGCUAGGAUAUCAAAGUACUACUGAACUUUGAGGAAUGCAAGCAAAAUCAGCCAAAGAUACAGUCAAAAGGUUCUAAGAAGAAGAAGUCACAAACUCCAAUCAAGAGGUCUAAGUCUGAGGACAAGAUGAUGAGUUAGGUUGAGGAGAGGAAUGUGAACACUGCCUUUAAGAAUAAUAACUCUAAGAAUUUAAAGUAGUAGAUUUUUAAGAAGCAAGAGUAUGGCGAUGUAUUGCUAGAAGAGUUCAUCAAUUUCUUCUCAAAGGUUAUGCAGAUUCAGGAUCUUAAAUCAUUCCUACUAGCUUGCUAGAAUGUUUGUAUUUUGAAGAGGAAGUUCAAGGAGGAAAAGAAAGAGGGCGGUGAAGGCUAAAUCGAAAAGAAUCUCAAAUUUGAAGACUCAAAGGCUAAGAAUGAAGAUAAAAAAGAGGAAAGAAAGCAAAAAGAUCAGUCUGAAGAACUAAAAGGGGAUGAAAAAUUGGAAGAUCUUUAAUACAGAAGAUCCAAAAGAAUCAAGAAAAAUGAAGAAUCUAAGAAGGAUCAAGAAAUCAAGCAGGAGCCCAAACUUAAGGAAGAGUUCUUCAUAUGCUUGAACUAUUCCCAACUUAAAGACAUGAUCAUAUAAUACGGUCUACAACUAUAGCAAUAGACAGGUGUAUAGUUAGGCCUCAAAACUGAAACAGAGAAGCAUUAAAACUACAAAAAUCUUCAAAGUUUUUAGGAGCAGAUAGUAUUUACCUUCAUGGACUUAUUCAUAGAUCAAAUCAGAGAUGAUAAGAUGAUAAUCUCUUAAUCUUGCAAGCAAGCUUAGAAUCCGUCAACUUUCAAAAUCGAAUCAUAAAUGCUUGAAAAAGGUAUUAAGCUCAUAGAUCAUAAUCAUAGCAUUCAACAUUUCAAGCAUAUAUUUGACACCUAGAGCAUAUUAAGCCAUCUGACUUAUAUCAUGACUCACAACCCAAUGCUUGUUUAGAGCUUGCUAAAGCAUAAAGACGGAAAGACCUAUAGAUUCAUCAUCAGAAACAUUUAUUACCAAAAUGUGAUUCAAAUUGAUCAGGAAAAAUAAGCCUUACCAGGCAUAGAAGAGAUGAAAGACGAGACUGGCAAUUAAGUGUAGCCAAAGAUUUACAUCGUUACAGUUCAUGAUAGCUUGAAUGUGAACAAGAAAACCAGCGCAAUAGUAGAGUUCUUUAAAAGAGUGAUGCUAGACAAUCCUCAUCUUACAGUUCAAGAAAAGAAACUAAAGUUAGAGGCGAGGAAUAUAUUUGUGAAGGAAAUUAUUAAGAACAUAUUCGAGAGUCAAUAUGAGUAGAAGUAUCCAUAGUGGCCAGUACUAGGUUUAAUAUACAAUCUUGGUGCUAUUUGGCUUAUAUCUAAUGUACUCAAAGAUGAGGAGAAGGAUGAUCAGAUAAAAGACAAUAACGGUCUUGAACAACUUAUACUUAACAUGCAGAAAUUCAGAAAUAUCAUCCGAGUAAAUAUGAUAAAGCAGCUUAUUCAUGAAUCGCAGCUAAUGAGCAAAUAGUAGGAAAACUUUAACUUAAUGAGGUAGCUUGAAAAGAUCUAAAUCGACAUCAUAGCUUUCUUGCCUUAGUUCCAAAACGGAAAAGAUCAAAUUCAACUCUGCUUGUCUGCUAUUUCAAAUAUUUUGAAACCAUUCGAUGGUAAUAAGAACCUUUGGGGUGAAAGAGAAUAAGACAAGAACAGUCUCUUGAACGAGAGUAAUCUAGGAUUCGUUGGAGGAGAGGCUUAGUCUUCAAACAGAGAUGAAAACAUAAUCGAGGAACAAGACGAAGAAGAUGAGGAAGAUGAUGAUGAAGAAGAUGAUGAAGAGGAUGAUGACAGCCAAGAGAAUGAAGAUGAGGACCUUCUAGACAGUGAAAGAUCUGAAAGAAAUUUCAGAUUUAGUGAGGAUGAAGAGUUUGAUGAGGAUUAUGGUGAUGAUGACGACGACGAUGACGAUCUUGAUGAUAUUAAUGCCUCAGGAGAGAUCGGAGGAUCAAUAGGAGCAAGUGAAGAAAUAAAUCCUAAUUAAAUUGAUGCUAUCGAUGAUAUCCUCAGAAUGGACUAUGGGGAUGAAGCAGAAGAUGAUUACUUUAUGGAAGACGAUGAAGACGGCGAAGAUGAAUCUUCAAUGCCAGUAAGGCAAUCUCAAAACGGCAGGUCUCAGAGUUCUUAGAAUCCAAAUUCUCAGGACAGAAGAAAUCAAGAAAGAGGAUAGAAUGAAGAGGAAGCUGAAGAAGAUUUCGAAGUUAUCGAUGCUGGAAAUGAUUAGGAUUACGGCGAUGAGGAUGCUGAUUAUGGAAGUGAUGAUGAUGGUGAGGAGCCAAGCGAUGAAUACUAUGAUGAAGAACUUGAUGAAGACGAAGAUGACUAGCAAGAGAUAGAGAUUUUUGUUGAUAGAGAUGCUAAUAACCAAGAUAGGCUGAGCAACAUUGAAAUUGGAGGAGGCCACAGAGUCCAGAUGCACAGAAGAGAUGACAUCUUAAGUAUGAAUAACUUUAGUGUUGAUAUGUUUGGCAUGAACCCACAUCAUAGAGGUCAUCUUCAUUCUAUCAACGAAGAGUAGGAAAGUCAAGAUUUCUAGAGUGAUCAGGAUAUGAUAGAUAAUGGAUAAGAUCCAGGAGCUCCUCAUGGAUGGCAAGUUGAAGGUGCACCAAAUGAAAAUUUAGGAGGAGUUUUAAACAGACUGCUUGGAAUGAUUUUCAAUAGAAGGUAGCCAAGACGAAUAGGCCAAGACCCUCAUGAUCAAAUAGUAGAAAUGAUACAAGAAAAACUCAAGGAUGAUUCUAUUCUUCACAGUCCACUUGAAACACUCACUUAAAUCUUCGAACUGAUCAAAGAAAUUUAGGACAUUCCAGACGUCUAUAAAAUGUUCAUUAGAGAACAUUCGGAGGCAAAUCAAAAUACAUUGAACUAGAUUCUAAAAUCAGGAGGGGAAAAUAAUUAAGAUGAUACUAGGAUGGUUUCAAGCUCAAAAGAUAUGUAAGACUAAAGCAGCUCUCAUUACACUCUCAAGAAUGCAUCAUUAGGAUAGGGACAAAUUAGUUAAUAAAACGUUCGUUAGCUCAACUAAGGAUAAUUAGGUAUGAGUUAAAGUCAUGGCUAAUCAAAUAUCAGAGCCAAUUUAGCCAUAGCCGAUGAAUUGGAUCCAGAAUUCCUAGACAAUUUAGACGAGACAGGCAUUAGGAACCUUGUUGAUACUGAGAACGUGAUGAACACUAUUCAUAAUCAGUCAAGUAUUGGAGGAUAGGUCAUUCAAACAACAGUUUAACUUUUGGAGUCUAUCUAAAACAGAGAUUAAAGAAAUCAAUUAUACAGAGAUAUGGAGGAAUCAGUGUUCAACUAGCUACCAUCUCAUCUUUUCUCAGAGGGACUCAGCCAAAGACCUUAAUCAAGGAAUCAACAGCAUGCGUUGAGUGUCAGACAGCAAGAUCAAAUACAGCCUUAGUUCAAUGCAAAUAACUUGUAGAUAGUCGGUUAAAGGCAUGACCUAAACAAUCCUAAUAACAUGUUUAAUGCGCUUCGAGCUGAUAACCUAAUGGCUAGAAGAGGUAGACCAAGAGCACCCUAAGGUCGUGAUAGACUCAUAUCUAUGGAUUCAUAACUUAAUGACUUAGCUGACUUUUCACGAUCUGCUAAUGAUCCUUACUUCAGAAAUCAAAAUCUAAACACCUUAAAAUUGGCAGUUAAGGACAUUAGCUCCAAUGGUCUUCAUUUUACAUUCCUGCAGUAUCUAAAAGAGAUCGUUGCAGAACUAUAAACUAUCUCGAUCUUGGAUGGCAAGGGCAAUGAUAUUGUAAAAUUAAGUGAGUAGACUGUUCAGCACAGUUUGUAACUCUAAGGAGAAAACUAUGAAGCAAAUUUACAGAGGGUUUAAGGACUUAUAGAUACCAUUAUGAUUUGGAUUAAGAUGCUAACCAACGGGCAGUUCUUUAUGGUCAGAGAGUAAAACCUAAUGCGAUCACUAUUCAGGGUGACAUAUAUUAGACAAGGCAUCAUCCUUAAGAUAAAUCAAUGGCUAUCGAUAGGAGUAAGCUAGUUCCAAGAUUACUACAACUAAUCCCAAGGUGCCUUUAAACAAGCUGUAGUAAAUAAGACUGAGUCAAAAGGAUUCAUGGUUGAAAGGGGCGCAGGACUUCCAGGCAGAUUGGAUAUGAUUGACUUCGUUCUUCAUUGUCUCAGAUGCUUUAAACAAAUUGCUCAAGAGUGCAACAAGAUAAGCACUAAUGCAAGUUUAGACCUCAUGAAAAUACCAUCAACUGAUAGUGUAAUGAACUUUUUAGUUCAUCAUCAGCUAAAGUUUGACUAAAAUGGACAAUCUUUUGAUCCAUCGAAAUCAAUCAUUGAAUAAGUCAUCCAGUAAGUUGUGACUUUCGUUAAACUAGUUGAUAGCAAACCUGAACUAAUCAACUAGCAAGCAUACGUAAUCGAAGGGAAAGAAGUCUGGAUGGAAGAUGUAAUAGGAACACUAGUGAGUAUCAUUCAACAGCUAGCAUAAUCCUCAGAUAGCUAUUAACAAAUAAAGAAGCAACUUAAAGAUGCUCCAUUAAGCUAAUAGCCUUAGAACUAUUAAUAUGAGAUAAGUAAAAAUCUCAUUAACAAUCUGGGAGAGUUACUAUUGACCAAAGAAUUCAAGUCUAAGGAGAUUUAAAAGUAAAUCAAGACGAUAUUUGGAGAUAUCAAUAAGAUAAAUAUGAGUAGUACUAUGGUCGAGACAUUUUUCAAGGAGAGUUUGUCUCAAUCACUUAAGAGAUUCAUAGACAUUAUAAGCACAAAUAAAUCUAAGAUUAACAAUGAAUCUCUAAAGAAAGAAGUAAUAAUUCUCACUCAAAUCUUGAAGAUAGCUAAGGGAAAUAAAAAGUAAGAGCUAAAUAUGUGCGAUGAUCAGCUGUUCUUUAAGGUUGUCAAAGAAAUAAGCGAUCUCAUAGAUAAUAGACAGAAAGAUCCAAAUAAUCUAACUUCAGCUUCAUUUAUCCUGAAAGAUGAAUUCAGAACAAUAAUGAUAGCUCUGUUCAUUCUUUUUGAGUACAAUUUGAAGUUCAUAUUCACAGAGGCUCUUGUUAAUGAAAGUCCAGUAGUAUAAGGUCAAGCUUAAGCGAAUAAUAGAAGAAGAUCUGGAGCUGCUUCAAGAAGGCAAAAUUAAGGCAAUGCUGAGUAAUAAGGUGAGAAAAAUGAAAUUAUCAUGGAAGAGAUAUUGCAGUAUUAAAUGCAAUAAAUUUAGUAAUAAGAUAAAAAUGAUCUCAUGACUGCUAUUGAAGAGCACCUAAGGAUAAAGAUUAAGGAUGAAAAGGCUAGAAAUGAUCUGAGGCUAAAAAUAUUCAUAAAAUUCUGUCUUGAGCAUAAAAAGAUCAUCAAUAGCUUUAUUCGUGCUAAUCAGUAGGUUCUUAAUGACUCACUCCGUAAUGUUAUCAUGAAAGUGCCUCAACUUCUUGACUUUGAUAACAAAAGACUCCUAUUUAGAGGUCAGAUCAAGAAAAUCUAAAGAAAAUUCAGACUUAAGUACAUUGAUAUAUAGGUAAGAAGGGACAAAGUCUUCGAUGACUCAUUUGAGCAGCUAAGAUUCUUGGGAAUAGAUCGCUGGAAGGGCAAGCUGAACGUAGAGUUUGCUGACGAGCAAGGAAUUGACGAAGGAGGAUUAACUAAAGAGUGGUUCAUCUUACUGAGUCAGUAGAUCUUUAAUACUGAUUAUGCUUUCUUCCUUCCAUCUAAUGCCGGUUCCUCUUACUACCCAAAUCCAAAAUCAAAUAUCCAAGCUGACAACUAUAUCUAAAUCUUCAGGUUCGUCGGUCAUGUUGUUGGAAAAGCUAUCUAUGAAUAAUAACUUUUGGAUUGCUACUUCGUAAAAGCUCUAUAUAAGAUUAUGUUAGGACUUCCCUUGAAUUAUCAUGAUGUUGAGGAUUUCGAUAACGAGCUUUAUAAAAACUUGUCUUGGUGCCUGAGUAAUUCAGUUGAAAAUCUAGGCUUUACAUUUACAGAGACUGUUGAAAAGUUUGGAGCUAAUGAUGAAAUCGAGAUCAUUCCAGGAGGCUGUAAUAUAGAUGUUACUGACAACAAUAAAUUUGAAUAUGUCCAGAAGAUGGCCUAUCAUAAACUUUACGGCUCAAUUAAGGAAUAAGUAGACUCUUUCUUGAAAGGGUUUUAUGAUAUCAUACCAAAGAACUUGAUUCAAAUAUUUGAUAAUAGAGAAUUAGAAUUACUCAUUAGUGGUCUUCCAAGUAUAGAUAUCACUGAUUUAAGAGAGAAUACAAUUUAUUAAAACUACUCAGCUGAGUCACAGGUGGUUAAAUGGCUCUUCGAAGUACUGGAGGAAUUCGAUAACAGUGAGAGAGCUGAAUUCAUUUAAUUUGUAACUGGCAGUAGCAAAGUACCUGUAGAGGGCUUUAAAGGACUUAGAGGUAGCAGAGGUAUAUAGAAAUUCUAGAUAGUUAAGUUCUUCACUAAUGAUGUAAAUAGACUACCAUAAGCUCAUACUUGUUUCAAGCAACUGGAGUUACCAGAGUAUCAAAGUAAAUAACAACUCAAGGAUAGAUUACUGACUGCAAUUAAAGAAGGAAAAACAUUUGGAUUCGCUUGA